AUGGACACAGAAGCCUUCCUCAGCACCUCCUACACCCUCAUCCGAUCCGUCGCCGCCGUGCCCCCCGGCACAUCCGCACCAACCCUCCCCUCCACCUCCGCCCUCUCCACCGCCCGAUCCAGCAUCCCCAGUCCCUCCACCCCCAACGCUCUCACCGGCCGCGGUCCCGCCGCCACCCUCGCACACCUAACAGCCGACAUCGCGCCCGCGCUCGCCGGCCAUAACCGCAGCGGCCGGUACUACGGGUUCGUAACCGGGUCCACGCUGCCGGUCGCCGAGGCCGCUGAUAACCUGGUCUCGGCGCUGGAUAACAGCCUGCAGGUGCAUCUGCCGGGACAGAGCGUGGCGACUGAGGUGGAGGAUGUGGCGUUGAGGUUGUUGUUGCGGCUGCUGGGUUUAGACGAUGGGGAUGGAGAGAGCUGGGCUGGCCGCACUUUUACGACAGGCGCGACGGCAAGUAAUGUCUUGGGAUUAGCGUGUGGGCGUGAAGCCGUGAUUAGCGCACGCUUGCCGGGCGGAGGUGCGGAUGGUAGUGUAGGCGAAUUAGGACUGCUAGGCGCGUGUGCUGCCGCGGGCGUGAAAGAGAUUCAGGUCCUGACGAGUAUGGGCCAUAGUUCGCUAUCGAAGGCUGCGUCGAUCGUGGGGCUAGGACGGCAUGCGGUCAAGGAACUACGGUAUAGCGAGGCUGAGCCCUGGAGGUUGGACUUGGAUGCUGUGGAGAAAGAGUUGCAGCGCGAAGGUGUUGCUAGUAUUAUAGCUGUUAGUGCGGGUGAGGUUAAUACGGGAAGAUUUGCGACGACUGGCUUCGAGGAGAUGCGGCGGUUACGGGAUUUGGCUGAUAAGUACAAGGCUUGGAUACACGUUGAUGGUGCAUUCGGCAUCUUUGCCCGCGCCCUGCCAGCAAUAAGCGAGUUUGCACGACUCCGGGAGUUUACAGCCGGUCUCGAGUUGGCGGAUAGUAUCACCGUAGACGGACACAAGCUUCUUAACGUCCCCUACGACACCGGCAUAUUCUUCACCCGCUCCUCCCACACCCCCCAAGCCGUCUUCCAAAACCCCAACGCAGUGUACCUCUCGACGCCGACCCCUUCCUCCGGCCCCGCCAUCCCCAGCCCUCUAAACAUCGGGCUCGAGAACUCGCGCCGCUUCCGCGCGCUACCCGUGUACGCCGUGCUCGUAAGCGAGGGCGCGGCGGGCGUAGCCGACAUGCUGGCGCGCAUGGUGCGGCUAGCGCGGGGGAUCGCGGGGGCUAUAGCGCGUGGCGACGAGCUGCGAGGAGACUAUGAAUUACUGCCCGAGCAGAAGGGGGCAGGGGAGAAGGAGGAAGAGGAAGAGAACACGCAUAUUGUGGUGUUGUUCCGCGCGCGAGACCCGGGGCUCAAUGCGGCGUUGGUUGAAAAGAUACAGGCGUCGGGGGAUUGGUACGUUAGCGGGACGAAAUGGGAGGGACAGCCUGCGUGUCGUAUUGCGGUGGCGAGCUGGCGGGUUAAUGUUGAUGAGGAUUUGGCGUUUGUGAAGGGUAGACUGGCUGGGAUAGCUAAGGAGUGGAAGGACGGGAGUAGUAAAUGA